AUGCGGGAUUUAUCUUCAGAAGCGGAGCCGAGCGAUAUUUAUAACGGGUUAAAUAAUUCUCAGCUCCUCCAAAUCAUCUCCCAAAUCGCGUGGAUCCAGGUCUACGGGUUUGCUGGGAAGCCGAUUCCCGAAAUACGGGUUUCUGACGGGUACAUGCAAAUUUUUUACCAAAUGGAGGAGCCAGCAAGCACCUGGACCACGCUACACCCCAGGAUGACGGAAAUGUUCGAGAAAAUGCGUCACCUUUAUAAGAGCCGCGAGUUCUGGGACUACGUACUGCGGAUAGCGCACAGGAAAUUGGAAAUCCCCGACGUGACUUGCCAUGGCGACAUGUGGACCUAUAAUUUCCUGUGGAGUCGAGGGGAACAGAAUGGCCAGGGCAGGGAAUUAUCCGCCCUGCUGGACUGGCAGAAUGUGCACCACGGAAAUCCAGCCGAAGACAUUUGCCAUUUAUUCGUAUUCUGUUGCGAUACGGAAAUGAGGCGAAAAGUGGAAAAGGAGAUGCUGCCUAUUUUGCAUCAGAUGGUCGAGGAACGGUGUAUCCAGAUGCGGAUACCAGUGCCGUAUACGUUAGAGCAGCUCCAGGCCGCCUACCGUAUCCAACUCGUCGCCCAGACUACCCAUUUUGUGUUCAUCGGUCGGGUGAUGGACACCAUGGACGGCUUAUCCCCAGAAGAGGAAAAACACCGAAUUCUGGCCGAGCGGGUGUACGGUGCAUUGGAAGAUAACGUUCAAAUGCUCGCCGAAUGUCUACCUCAAUUCGUAUCACAAAAUAAGGCU